AUGCUUCGGCGAUACACCGAAGAAUCUGAUUCCAGCUCUCCUUCCAUGGAGUUUGCGCGAGAACGUCGGAAGCCCCAAUCCCGCGUUAUGACCAAGAAAGAGAACUCCCACCCCCCUGGGCGAUUGGCCUGUGAUAUUUGUCGGGAGCAAAAGCAGAUAGCUGAAGUAAAAGCACCAGGCAAGGUUGGGUGUGAUCGGGCAGACCUAAAGUGUGGUCGUUGCACGCGCCUUGGCUACGACUGUAGCUACCAAGGGCGGAAACUAUCCGGGGAGUGA